GCCGUAGUGGACGCUCCUAGCUGCAAACAUGGCGCUGACAGCUGACUCAAAACUUUUACCUAGAGUAGUUUACUGAGCUAACAUGCACUGCACGUCCGUCAGGGACUCACACAUCUACAAGACGAUUUAUAUUACAACUUUUCAUUGAACCGAAAUGAAAAGAAGUCGAAAAGCAAUGUGAAAAAUGUAACUUUAGCGUUGUUCUACGUUGGCCGGGGUUAGCCUACGGGAGCUAACGCUAACACGGUCAACAAGUGAGCUGCUUAAAGCUCUCUAAACUAACUUCUCUUUUGUUGAUCGUGUUGAAAUGAGCUCAGAUAUUCUUCAGCGGAGUUCAGCUUUCAUUUGUGCCUUUCGCUGACAUUGGUUAGACUUGCAAAUUGUCUAAAAAUGUGUCGAUUUUUGCGCUACUGUGUUAGCCAUUGCCUCCACGCCGCGAUGACCCGGCUGGAGGAGGUGAAUGGGGAGGUUAGUGUCUGGUCCUCGGUCCGAUGGUUGGGAUAUUUGUCUGGCAUUAAUCUCCUCAUAGCCCUUUUUCUUGGGCUCUACGUGCGAUGGGAGAAGACGGAGGGAUCUACAAUACUUGUCAUUUUAAUUUUGGCGCUACUCGUUCUGGGCAUAGCGAGUGUUUUGCACUAUUUUUUCAACAUGGAGAGAGUAAGCUUAAGUUUGCUGCAUUUGUGGUUUGGAUUUUUGCUCGGGCUGCUCUGUUUUAUCAAUAACCCGGUCACUGUGAGGACUGAUGAGAAAGAGUUAGCGGCAAACUACAUGAUGCUGGUCAGUAUGGCGCUAAGGACUCUAUGGGCGCUGUUGGAGAGGCUGUUUGGGCGCACCAGGUACCGCCCAGCCUUCCUGACCUCUGCUGAGCGUCUGGAGUUGGCUGGCUUCGCGGUUGCCAGUACUGCUCUACUCAUCCAAAAGUCCCUCUCCGUCAUGGUGCUGCUGGUCUCUCUGGGCACCGUUAUGGUCGCUCUGAGAAUGAAGGCUCUCCUCUCUCUCCCAAACCUCGUGUCUUUUGCCACCAUCACCGGAGUGGCAUUUUUUAAGUCACUACAUUUGGAUAUAAAUCCUUUCGCGUUGGCCUGUUUCUUCUCUCAGCUGAUCUGUGAUCCUCUGCUGGACCUAUACUUCAGUGGCCUUUCUGUGACUGAGCGCUGGCAGCCAUUUCUGAUCUGGAGAGGCCUGUGGAGGAGGCUGUCAUUGCUUCCUCUGCUGUUGGUGGAGGGGGUGUUCCUGGCUCUGUCGUCCCGUAAACUGUUGCACUUGGACACGUGGUACCUCUUGGUCCCCGGCUUCAUCGUGGCCUCUCUUUUCUGGAGCAUCUGUCACCUGGUUUUUGUCAUCACCGUUUGGGGCUUUCACACCAAACUCAGCGACUGCCAGAGGGUCAGCUGGUCCCAGGGGCCCGACCUCAGUGGACUGGACAAGGUCAUGGCCUCCAAAGGAAUGAGACACUUCUGCCUCAUCUCAGAGCGCCUCCUGCUGUUCACACUGGGCUCUACGGUCGCUGUGGGAGCUCUGUGUUGGCAGAGCUCGAGCAGUUUGUUCCUGAGUAUGUUCCUCCUGGUUCUGCCGCUGGAGUCUCUGUUUCAUGGACUCUUUUAUGAACUGGGCCGCACCCUCGGAGGGACCUGUGUGGGCUACGCUGUGGUCAUCCCAACUAACUACUGCAGUCCAGAUGGUCAGCCCACUCUGCUGCCUCCAGACGCGGUGCAGGACUUGAACCUUCGCUCCACGGCGAUGCUGAGCAAUGUGCAGAGGUUCUUCGCUCACCACCUCAUUGAGUCGUUUGGCUGUGACUACUCCACCAGCGGAGUCACUCUGGAGGCUCUGCAGGCCAAAGUCCGCUCCUUUUUAGAUCUCAGGACCUCAGACGGACCUCGGCAUGAUACUUAUAUCAUCUACUACAGUGGCCACACACAUCGCUCUGGAGAGUGGGCUCUGUCUGGUGGAGACACUGUUCGUCUGGAGCAGCUAGUGGACUGGUGGAGGGAGAAGAACGGAGGGUUCUGCUCUCGUCUGAUCCUGGUCCUGGACUGUGAGGACUCAGGGCCCUGGGUCAGAGAGGUGCAGGGACUGGAGGGGGUGUACGUGGCUGUGCAGGGCGCCACUCUGGCCAAAACACCGGGGGUCUCAACACAAAACCCACAGGACGUCCCGCAGCUUGGCGACUUCACCUCUCAAUGGGUCGACUACAACUGCAACCCGCACAGCGACAUCCGGUGGUCAGAGCAGGGAAGAACAGUCAACGCCAUCUACGGUCUGUCCAAACAAUGGGGCGACUAUACGUUACACUUGCCCACCGAUAAUGACGUCACAAACCACUGGGGGGCGUACUUUCCCCGUAUUACGUACCCCGUGGUGCAGUUGGCGUUGUGGUGUAGUCGACUGGACGUUUUGUGGUUGUGUGGAGUUUGUUUAAGAUGUUUAAAAAGGUUAAAGCUAACAUGGUUUCCUCCUGCUAUUCUUGAUACAGGGCAAGGCUUCAAACUAGUGCGAUCGUAGGGCAAGAGGCGAGAAAUACAGUCCCCUCCACUAAUGUUGGCCCGUUUGGUAAAUUUGGGGGGGUGUAAGCUGCUUUGGAUGAAACCUCUAAAAUUAUAACACAAACUGUGAAGGAAGGGGGUAAGUAUUUGAACUGUUCUCUUCAACUCCAGCUUAUUCUUAGCUCUCACAAACCCUUCGAAAACAUCUCUAGUAUUCACAUGCAUGACCUCUGUCGGGCACAUGCACAGCUUUAGAACAGAUUUUUCAGAUGGAGAAGUCAAGCAGGGUGGACCACCAAAGCACUGCCAGUCAGCUCCCAUCCCAAAAAGCAAUCUUUCUUUAUUUGUGGUUUGCAAAAGAUAAAAUGUUUUACAGUUAGAUGCAGACAGAGUGCAACAGUUUCAAUGUACAUAAUAUCUCUAUAACAAUAUUAAUCAAAGUUUUUGUAGCCCUCAAUAUUUUCCACCCUGUUUGAAAAUCUUGAUUGAAAUAAUUCAAUUUCUUUGAUUCUAAAGGUUUAGCAAUAAAUAAUCACAUUAAACAUUUUCUAAUUAAUUAAGUACCAACAUUUGUCCCAGUAUUGGUGGCACAUACACUAUAUUUUCAAUAAGUGGUAUAAGGUUUUUUAUGUUUUAGAGUGUCCAUAGCAUAUUAUUUUUCAUUGUUUUGAGCUUAUGAUAAACCUUUUGCAACAAUGGGGACAUUUUUCUCUAUUUCCAGUUUGUUCUAAUCUUUCUGUGCCAACAUGAGCGGAGGUUAUGAUGUAUUUCGAGCCGGUCAAAUUGGGCAGCUACUGUAAACUUAAACUGAACACAUUUAUGAAAGGAUGGGUUCACACUGGAGUAUAAAGUGUCUGGUUUCUAAUGUUUUGGGGUUUUUUUUGGUGGCCAAGUCUGAACAGGCUGGUCUCUGUUUAAGGGACUGUAGUGAACGCUAGUAUGAAGACUGCUACAAAAUUAAAUUAGCUAUUAGUUCAAAAAGUAUUUUUUAAUUAGAAAUGUUCUAUCUUUUCUAUAAUUUCCCGGUCCAUUUUUAAAAUUCUACAUAUAUUUCUUUCAUUUUAUAUCCUCCCUAGUGUUUGUUAGAUGCUAUCAUUUACACUCAGUGUUGUGUUUUAGUAUUUAAAAAGCCUCUAGCCCAUUGUGAACCAUGAGUGAAGAACAUCUUUUGUCAAGGAUAGUGACAAGCUGUAUCCACAUGGUUCUCAUCCAGCAAUGUUCCAUCCAGUAGCAGUUGCUUCCUUAUGGUUCUCUUCCAACAAAAUACUUGAAUUUUCUAACAUACUUUAUUUAAGUCCUUUUGAAUGCGCCAUAGUGUAUUAUUAUUAUUAUUAUUAUUACUAUAUUAUUCUUGGUCCACUUUCUCUCCAUUGUGAACCCAGACUUAUUGAAAGACGGUUACUGAUUUAGCUUUUUAUACAGAUUUGCUUUUUUGUUGUUGUUGAUAAACCUUAGCAUGUUUGUAUGAGGACAAUACAAAGCACAUUGAGAACAUUUGCACAUGUGAACUGUAUUUUGUGUAAAUCUGUGCCUUAAAUAUUGACCACCAAAGACCAAUGUGAACCCAGUAAUUUCACAAAACUAAAUGACAAUCGUAGACUAAUAUAUUCCUGCUAUACGCUAUGCAUUUUCUGAUACAUUUUUCCAAAUAUUUUCUAGUAAAUUCUUAUUUUUUUGCAUACUUUGAGACCACUCCAGCUGUUUAAGACUCCAAAUAAAGCAUUACACUUUUUAUGCUUUUCACAAGAUGAGAUGUGAUAACUUAAACUGGUCUAUGCAAGUCAAGCCUGUCAUUUUUUAUACUUGUGCAAAAUAUAUAACAGCUAUGCAAUAAAGCAGUG